UGUACCACUUCACCUCCCACACUCACUAGAAAAUUGUCAAGCAUAAAAUUAUGAAUCACCCUAUUUCCCCAUCCACAUAUGAUAGAAAAACUAUUGAAAAAAACAGAAGAAAUCAAAUGAAAGCUCUCUACUUCAAACUCUGCUCUCUCCUUCCUCCUCAAUCUUCAAAGGAAAUAGGUAGCAUGUCUGAUCAAUUAGGAGAAGCUGCAAUGUACAUAAAUGAGCUACAAGAGAGGCUGGAGGUGCUGAAGCAGAAGAGAAAUUUUUUGAAGGUGCAUAAAUCUGUUAGCUCCAGUUUUAGUUUUAGGGGUGAAUGUGAAUCCAAUGCUGGUGGAGGGCCGAACCAACCGUCGUCCCUCGAAGUUCAUGCCAACCGCUCGAGUCUUGACGUGGUUUUGGUGACUGGAGUCGAACACCGGUUUAUGUUCAAGGAAAUUAUUAGGAUUCUAACCGAGGAAGGUGCUGAUGUUGCUAACGCGGCUCUCUCUGUGCUGGACGGGACCGUAUAUCACAAUGUGUAUUCCGAGAUUGGAGGGAGUGGAUUGGAAAUUGGAGGUGCAAGAAUUUUUGAGAGGCUGUCAAGAUUUCUGGGUGACUGCAACUGAUUAUUAAUAAUUUUUUGCUCAUAUAUUUCCAUCUCUAAAUUUUUUGGAGAUGGAAAUUGAUGCAAGUGAUCAGUCAAUCCAUUGUGUAAUUUCAAGUAAGUGAUUUGUGAUGUUGAGGUCGUUUUUACAGACAAUGAGAGUAGCAACAACAAUAACAGUGGUUGCUACGGCAUGAGAUGUGAUAAUUGUGUUCAACAUUAAAUAAAUGAUUAGAAUAAAUUUGUAUCGUCAUUCAA